CUCAAGGUCGUGGGGGCAGAUUUGACUUGGAGGAUGAAUGUAUUGCAGAUGGUUAAACAAAUGGACACUCUUUCACCAAGAAUCCAAGCCUUGUUAAAAGAAAGUAAUUGUUUCAGGUAUAAUGAAGACGCAAAUAAUGAAUCUGCAUUUUCUCGAGAUGCUUUGAAGGCCAGACUGAGUGACCUGGAAUUCCGUGUAACACAAAAUAAAGAAACGGAAAAACCUUUUUCAGGGAAAUAUGUAAAUGAGAAAUCACCUGGAAUAUAUAGAUGUGUUGUCUGUAGUUCAAAACUGUUUAGCAGUGAAGCGAAAUUCUUCUGUAGUUGUGGCUGGCCUACAUUUAACAGUCCUAUAGAGUGUAACUCAUUGACCUCAACCAUUGAUUUGUCAUCAGGUGAAGUCCGUGUAGAAGUUUCUUGCAAGGGAUGCAAUGCUCAUUUAGGACACGUGUUUGACGAUGGCCCGAAACCUACAGGUCUUCGUUAUUGCAUUAAUUCUUGUGCUCUAAUUCUUGAUUCUGAUAUUGGCAGCUCAUCUGGUUUAAAUUUGCCAACUGCUUAAUGUUUUGUUAUUGUUAGAUAUAAUGAUGUUAAUUGUACGUAAGCUAGAAUUAUCCUAGUGUUGCAUUUCUAAUCUCAUGCUUUUUCCCAAAGUCUUAUGAUAAAACUUUGUGAUGUUUUCUCACUUCCGUUUUACUUUUCUAAUUUGUAUUUCCUGUUUUUUAUUUGAAUUUAUAAAAGUCGUUUUCUAAUUUUUAAAUUGCUUGUCUUUUAGUCUGAAAUUCAAGUUACGCUGGGUGUUUAGGAAGGGCAUUUUUUCCCAAUGGAAUAAACAUUUCUGUUUCAUUGAUAGUUAGAAUCCUUUGUAUUCAUCGUUCCUUGUAUUGUAUAUAUGAUAAAAUUCACCUUGUGCUUAACACAUUUGCAUGGGCUGCUUAUACUCAUUAAAUGCAACCAGUCGAAAGUACGCACCAUUUAUCGCUAC